GCGCCGCGCCCGCACCUCCCCGCACCGCCCUCGCCGCGCGCCCCACGGGAGGCCGCCGCCGCAGUCGAGUCCAGCCGCGUCCCCUCGGCGCUCCAGCGGCUCCCGGCGCCGCCAUGGCCCCGGCGCUCUGGCCGCGCCUUGGCCGCAUCCUCUGGCUAGCCUGCCUCCUGCCCUUGGCCCCGGCUAGGGUGGCCGCAGGCCUGUAUGAACUUCAGCUCACCACCGAUGGCCCUGCCACCACGGGCGCAGAGGUGACCAUCACGGCCAGCCUGGUGGCCGAUGACAACGGCAGCCUGGCCCUGCCCGCCAGCACCAGCCUCUACCGCUUCCACUGGAUCCACACCCCACUGCUGCUCACGGGGAAGGCGGACGAGGCUUUCAGCUCCACCAUCCGUGUCGUGGGGAGCGUGCCCGGGGACUUCCCAGUCUCCGUCUGGGUCACUGCCGCCGACUGUGGGAUGUGCCAGCCUGUGGCCAGGAGCCUCCUCGUCCUCCCCAUCACCGAGUUCCUCGUGGGGAGCCUUGUGGUCUCCCAGAACACCUCCCUGCCCUGGCCCAGCUCCUACCUCACCAAGACAGGCCUCAGAGUCGCCUUCCUCCUCCACGACCCGAGCAACUUCUUCAAGAACGCCUCGUUCCUCUACAGCUGGGACUUCGGAGACGGCACCCAGAUGGUGACCAGAGAUGGUACCGUCUAUUAUAACUAUUCCAUCAUCGGCUCCUUCACCGUGAAGGUCAAGGUGGUGGCAGGGUGGGAGCAGGUCACAUCGGACGCCGGGAGGGGCAUUCUGCAGAAGACGGGUGACUUCUCCGCCUCGCUGAAGCUGCAGGAAACCCUUCGAGGCAUCCAAGUUUUGGGGCCCACCCUAAUUCAGACCUUCCAAAAGAUGGUAGUGACGUUGAACUUCCUGGGGAGCCCCCCUCUGAAUGUGUGCUGGCGUCUUAAGCCUGAGUGCCUCCCGCUGGAGGAAGGGGAGUGCCUCCCGGUGGCAGUGGACAGCACCGCUUACAACCUGACCCACAUCUUCCGGGAUCCCGGGGACUACUGCUUCAGCAUCCAGGCUGAGAACGUCAUCAGCAAGACGCACCAGUACCACAAGAUCCAGGUGUGGCCCUCCAGCAUCCAGCCGGCUGUCUUUGCUUUCCCGUGUGCCACGCUCAUCACCAUGAUGCUGGCCUUCAUCAUGUACAUGACCCUGAGGAAUGCUACUCACCAGAAGGACAUGGUGGAGGUGGCUGAUUUUGACUUUUCCCCCAUGUCUGACAAGAACCCGGAGCCGCCCACUGGGGUCAGGUGCUGCUGCCAGAUGUGCUGUGGGCCCUUCUUACUGGAGACGCCAUCUGAGUACCUGGAGGUCGUCCGCGAGAACCACGGACUGCUGCCGCCCCUCUACAAGUCUGUCAAAACUUACACGGUCUGAGCGCCACCCACCCCCAAACCCAGUUUCAGUGUUAACUGACUGCUGCCCGGGAAUUUGGGACAGUGUCGGGGGCAGACUGGUGCACGCCAUGAGUGCAGGGCCAUCCACCCUGACUGGUCAUCCAUCUGUACAGUCUAGAUGCCUCCACAAGCCCGACUCAGUCCCACCUCCCAGCCAUUCCAUCCAUCUAUACGGUCGGAAGCCUCUCUCGGUCAGCCCCGCCCCACCCCUUGCCUUUGAGGAGGCCCCCAAGCGGGGCUCCAGCACUGGACGUGGUCCCUGUUCUCUCCUAGGAGUGCCCGCUGCCCCCCACCGAUUCCUCCCCUAUUUGGCAUAUUCGCCUUCCAUCUGGGGUUCACACUUUCCUCCCCCAGGUGGCCCUGCCCAGGUCAGAGAGCUAGGAGAAAGCUCACAGAUGGUUAAUUCAAGGCUACAUCACGUAAGGUCUUACAUACAGGGAUAAGCGUGCACGACGUCACCCAGAUGUUUCAGAUGACUUCCUCUCUCUCAGUGAGUUGGUUGCUGAGAUGUCCCAUUGAUCAGAACUAAAAGGAAACCUGACCUUCCCCACGUGGCCCCGACAGCUCCGGGGCCUGGCUCCUCCCUUUGUGUCCUGUCCCAGGGGCUCCUGGGUCCCCUUCUAAGGACACCCUGUUCCCCAUCUGCUUGCUGGGGUUCGGGUGGGGGGGCAGGGCUAAUGCUUUGUGAGUGUGAAGUGCUUCGUAGACAGCACUUUGUUUUAUUGAGCCUGUUUCAACUUGUAUCGAGAAAGAGGCUUUGCGGCAAAAGAAAGAGUCAGGCCAGGGGGGGAUCUUGGGUACCCUGUGUGAGGGACAGAGUUCUCGCCCCUUUAACUGCUCCCAGGGUGGCCUUGAGAGGGAAGAGGAUGGACAGAGUUCUCGCCCCUUUAACUGCUCCCAGGGUGGCCUUGAGAGGGAAGAGGACUGGAUGGAGCCCAGGGUGGGGGACCAGUCCACCCCUCUCCCUUUGGCCCAGCAGCCGGGGGGAGGCAGGUCAUGUGCAGAGAGCGUGAGUACAGAGGGACCCAUCCAACCAUGUAGGAGUGGGGAGCAACCCGGGCCUGUCUGGGGAGGGAGCAGGGCCACGGAGGCCGAGCUCUGUCACCGUAAUUGUUUGCUCUCAGACUUUGUGCUGAAGACAGCAUCCCCACUGUUGUACAGCUCAUACUCAUAAAUACUGCCGUUACUGCUGAAUAAAGCUUGUAUGCUCCGACAAUAGCCAA